AUGUACAUAGUUUCAUGAACUCAAUCAACAUGAGAGUGUUCGUAAUCAAAAGUGUUCGUUGAAGACAAAAUUAUUUAAUUAAUUUUCAAAAUGCAAAAAAAAAUUGCAAAUAACUUUUUCAAUAAUUGGCAAAUAUUUGAUCAAUUUUUUGCCUAAAAGUAUUCUUUUUUUGUGUAUUUAUGUGUGUCUCUAAAAAGUGAUUCAUUGAAAUUUUCUCGAGCUUUAAUUAAUGAAGUACGUAGAGACUGUAGAUUGGGACGAGUAAGAUGAGAUUAAAAAGAAUUGGUUCAUCACUUUGGAUGAUAAUAAUGCCACUGUUACCAUUGCACGCAAUCAACGCAAUCGACAAGGAAUCGAGUGACGUUUAUUUAAAAACAGUAAUGAACGAACUGCAAACAUUUAAUAAUCCCCUUUUUCACAAUCAAUACGAAAUCUCAUCAUCAUCAUCACCACCCGAUCAUUCUCAUUCUAAAAUUUCAUUACGUAAUGGACAAAAAGUUGGAGGUGGGUCUAUUCACAAUCGUUAUUGGAAAACAUCUCCCGAUUAUUAUCAGUUUGAUUACAAUCAAUAUCCUGGUAAUCAAAUAUCCAUUAAGAAAAUUGACAACGAUUUUCCCAUCGUCACGAAUAAUCAGGGAAUUGUGUCGAGACCUCAGGCGAUUAAUAAAUCAUGGAAAGAAGAAGCACUUGGCUUGACAAAAAUUCAGUUAGCGGCGAUGUAUGAGAAAGCUUUGCAAAAAGGUUCACCUGUUGGUUUUGCACCUUUGACGACGUCACUUUUAGCGGAACAAGCACCAAAAGUCACGUCCAGCAAUCAACUGGAAAUACCGUAUUCACCUCAAUAUAGUUACUACUUUUUUCCCCUCAAAUCAUUUGGGAAUGAACUCAGAAAUAAUUAUGGAUACAAAACAAUUCCAGACAACGUAAUGCAGGAGACAAAAAUAAUGGAAACGAACAAAGAGAUGACAAAUCCACUGUUCGUGGCUGUCAGCAGUUUUAUCGGUAUGGCUUUACUAUUCAUGAUGGGUGUUUUGAUAUUUCCACAAGUGAGAAACUUUAUCCCGAGAAAUCAACAGAACGACGAUUUACUUCAAUUGACAAAAAUUGUUUUCGAAGCUAUUGAUAAUCGUCGAAAUCCCUUCAUGGGACGUAGUCGAAAAAAUUUUACCCGUAAACGUAAUAUUGUACAACAAUGAAAAUUUUUUAAACAAUUUUCCUUUUUAGGUUUUUUUAAAUUAGUUUUUAAAUUUUUAUUUAAUUUUUAUUUAGUUUAAAUUUAAAUCUAAAUAAUUUAAAAAAAUGAACUCUCGAAAAAAACGCUUUACUUUUAGGUAUUUAGUGAUAAAAUAAAGUCAUUUUCUGCAGACGUAGAUCUAUUGAAACAAAUUACAAAUCACAGAUAAUUACAUUGAAUCAUUUUUUUUUCAUUCAGCGUCUUUCGAUUUACAGCAGAAUAAUACGAUAGUGGUAUUAAGCAAUUUGAACAGAAAAAAGAAAAUAAUUUACAAAAAUAAAACUUGUUUUAAAACUUCUCUUUGUUCAGUCUCCGUUGUAUUUUACGUGAAAACGCAAAAAAAACAUUGUUCUCUUUUUUCUCUUCUCUCUCACACUCUGUCCCUAUACAUAUAUAUUUGAAAAUAUCGCCCAAAGUUAACGAACCAGUAAAAGCUUCAAUCUAAAAAAUUUGUGCAUUUUUAUUAAUUCUCUCUUUUUUCCCCCGCAAUAUUUUUGAUUUGAGAGAAAAAAAGAGAAGUUCCUUUGGUUUGUCACUGAUUCGUUGACUUUUUUUCUUCAAUGCGUUGUUGUUGUCUUUCGACUAAAUAUCGAAAGAUUUAUUUUUAUUUUUAUUGGUUGAAAUUGAAUCAAUUUAAAAAUUCGAAAAAUCCGUUUUUUUCCUUUUUGUUACAAAAACUUUCGAUAUUUAGUCAAGGAGAAUAAAAAUUGCUUUUAAAAAUAUGCAAAUGAGCGCGUUUUUGUCGCAGAUUUAUGUACAAUAUUAUUAUUCGUAGGAAACGCCUUUUUUUAAAUUAAAAAGAAUACAAUUAGAUUAACGGAUAAUAUCAAAGUAAAAUGAGAAAUACAGUAAAAUUUCUUCUGUUAAUUUUUUUUUUGUGUCGAGCAGUUUUUCACAUUUCACAUCGAGUGCAGUUUUUUACUACUAAUUUUUUUUUCUCUUCUUAAUACGAAUCUUCCAUUCACGCAAGUAUCAAAAAUUUCAAAAUUACUCUCUCUUUCAUUCUCUCUUAAAAAAAAAUUUUGCGAAUUGAAUUACAAAAAUUUUCAGAUUAUUAAAUUUAGUGAUUAAUUAAAUUUACUGCACUUUCAGUAAUUACAAACACUCAAGUGAUAAAAAAUUCUUGGUUCGCAUUAUAUUUACGUUUUUUUCAUUUUUUUUCCUUUUUUUUUAUCGAUUAUUAUAAAAAAUCUUAUAUCCUAAGUAAAUAUUUUCAGCCAUUUAUCAUACAAGUAUACACACGCGAAGCGUACGCAAAAACCUGUGUUUGAGAAAAAUAAUUAUUUCAUAUCCAAAAACUUAUGAAAAAUUCAGCAAAAGAAAAAAUAGCGAUUUUUUUCUUUUUAGGAUAAGAAAUUAUUUUUCUCAGGAUCGAAUCUUUUUCUUUGAUGGCACAUUGAACAAUUUUCGAUUAUUUAUUAUCAUUUGAUGAUAGAACUAUUUAACAUCUAUAAAAAAAACUUUCUUUUCUUGACUUUUGUGUACGAAAUUUUUUCAUGAUAUGAAAAUACAUUUAAAAAAAUUCAUUAGUUUUUUUUUUAUAGUAUCGUUAAAAUAAUUUCUAACAUCAAAAAAUACAUUUCUCGUAAAAAAUUUUUCCGCGUCGAACAAUUGAGUCGUCUUAUUUAUCUAAGAAAAAUAUUUGUUUUCGCAAAUAUUUGAGUAUUCUUAAGCAUAUUAGAAUGUUUACAAAUUUUUUGUUCUUUUGUCUCUCUCUCAUUUAAUUAAAAAUCGAAUUUUUUAUAUCAAAAAAGUAAAAUAUAACUAAAAAUUCUUUCGAUGAGAAAAAAAAUAAAAGAGGCUCUCUCAAGUAGUUAUAUAAUUACUUGCACGUAGUUUUAUUCUCAUUACAAGGGUCUCGGCUCCGGGUCACUAGAGUCUAUAACCGCAAGUGAAAAAAAAAUUCUCCAAUUGCGCUACUUUUCCUCUAGUGGCUUGACUUCUAGCCCGAGGGACAAUAAUCGCAAAACAAGUUUUUUCUUACACACCAAGAAUUUCAUGUUGAAACUUCCUUUUUAAACAAAUCUGAUUUAUUUUUAUUUAAACUAUUUUUAAACAAACUUUUUUUUUAUCGAAUUCUAAAAUUUCCAUCUUUAAAAUUAAAAUCUCGAUUAAAAUAAAAUGUUAAAAUAAUAAUUACAUAAAAUAAGCUAAUUAAAAAGUUCAAAUAAAAAUUAAAAUUAAUUCUUAUAAAUAAUUUUUUUAAUCGACUUAGAAUAAAGAAUAUCUUUGUCUCGAAAAUUUUUAUUGUCGAACAACUUGUUCUCACUUAUGCCCAUUGAAUAAAAGUUGCACUUUUCUUCUUGGUAAAUCAAAUUAAUCACUUUCAAGUCAUUUAAUAAAUUUUUUAAAAAUUAUUACAUAAAAAAACAAAAUUUUUUCUGUAAAAAUUUAAAAAAAUUUCUUUUACUAAGUUUAAAAAAUUUCUGGAAGUCCAGAUAUUAAAAAUUU